UUUUCUUGCUGUAUUGACGGUGUGCUUAAAGAACACUGACCCAGCACAUUUUAUUAAUUCAUCCAGUGUAAUUAAUCCAGUUUAAUUGGAUGAUUGGCAGUGUAUUUUAAAUAAAAGUCACUAUACUAAUUAUGGGAUAAAAUAUUAAUGGUAGUUUCUUUAAAGAUCUGUAGCUACAGUAUUUUGAUAAAUACUGUUUGUGGAAAUGUCUUUAAAUGAAGUGAUAUGAUAGUUUCACCAUAUUGCCCGUCUCUAAUUUCUGACAGGUUUUUGACAGAAGCAAAAUCCUAACUACUGAUAUUUCCAGCUUCUAUCUGUCAGUAAUUCCAUUUUUAAUAAAAGCAAUAAACAGUAAUUUGAUCAAUUAAAUAAAUUGAGUUUGAUUAACCUCUCAGUACUAAUUGAAAAUAAUUGUACUUUUUACAGAUCUCAUAUGAUGUGUGUUUAGUGGAACACACUGAGUGGGUCUGGCUGGGAAGUCUCUGCUCAGACCUCUUAAAGCCUUUUAAGGCCAGCUGCACUAAGGAUCAGCCUCAGUAACGGUCUUUCCCUCCACCCAUGAUGAUGUGAUAAGAAAGGCAGCUCCAGCCUGCCUCUCUGCCCGUUGUCCAAUCACACUUGGUUUGUUUGCAUUCAAAAGGCUGUCUAGUGACGUUUCUUUUUCGAAGUGUGUAUACAAGUGUGUGUAAGUGCAUAAAUAGGGCCCAGAGGGACUGUAAUGGUACAUUACAGCUGUUUCUUAGCAGAAGCACAGUGUUAAACGUGUUUAAUAGAUCAUGUGCUCUCCGAAGAAAAGGACCACUUCUUGUGUUGGAUUGCCCCGUAAAUGUAUCAGGAACUUGGAGCCCAGUAUGAAAAAGGCGAGCAGGGCCACGGGUGCCUCCAGCAGAACGACGGCUGGCACUAAAGCCCAGAGCAAGCCUGAGGGCACCAGCGCUAUGGGUACUGGAGGCAAAGCCACAGCCAAGACCUCAAACUCCGCUGUUCUGUCUAAGACAAAGAGCAAUGAUGAUCUGCCAGCGGUGAGCACGGGCAACGGAGCAGCUCCAGCAGCUGGCAGCAGCACUGCAGCCAAGAGCAAGAGAAGCACCAGUUCCACUCAGAGCAACACGGAAACCAAAGCCAAGACCAGCUCAGGUCCAUCAGGAAGGCGUGGGACGUCCUCCGCAGCUAAGGAGCCUGGAGCGACCCGUGAAGGUUUACGAGAGCGCACCAGAAGCAGCGCUGCCAAGAAGCUCGCUGCACCCUCAGACACCAUGCCUCCAAAACGAUCCCGCUGCCGCACCACCGCAGAGGCAGAGACCCAAGCUAGCAAGUCCCGUUACGACAGACAGGUCACCAACAAAGCCGUGCUGGAGUCCAGAGUGAAGGAUCUGCUGGGACUGGCCAAAAGCAAAGACCUUGAGAUUAUGCACCUUCGUUCCGAGCUGCGUGGGAUGAGGGCUCAGCUGGGACUCGAGGACCAGGAGGCCCCUGAAGUGGAGGGCCAGACUGAGGAGCAACCCCAGGAGAAGGAACCUGCCUGUGGGAUCAGUGCGGCUGAUGUUGAAUCCACCCUCUUGCUGUUACAGGAUCAGAACCAGGGCAUUCGAGGGGAGCUCAAUCUGCUGAAGAGUGAGAACCGCAUGCUAAAGGACCGACUCAACGCUCUGGGCUUCUCUUUGGAGCAGAGGUUCGACAGCCCAGAUAAAGGCCCGCGUGGCACCUCUCUCAGCCCGGAGCCGGCUGCCAGCGGAGGCAGCAGCAGCAGCGCCGGUGGGGGAGGAACUCGGACGUCUUCGGCAGAAGGGUCCGCUGGGGGAUCCACUGAAGACCUUCUGUCCGAAGCGAGGCGUGUUGGCUCACCUGAUGCUGUGGACAGCGAGUGCAGUGAGGCUUACAGCGAGGCCUACCAGCCGAUGACCUCCAGUGAUGAUGCUCUGGAUGCACCCUCAGGCUGUGGCUCGUCCUCAGAAUCCGAGGCUGGUGGCUCCUCUCCAGGUCGAGAGCGGAGGGGAAGUAGCGGGAAUGCUAGUGAGGUGUCUGUGGCCUGCCUGACAGAGCGUAUCCAUCAGAUGGAGGAGAACCAGCACAGCACAUCAGAAGAGCUGCAGGCCACUCUGCAGGAGCUGGCCGACCUGCAGCAGAUCGCUCAGGAGCUGAGCGGUGAGAACGAGCGGCUGGGCGAGGAGCGUGCCGUGUUGCUGGACUCACUGAGGCAGCAGGCGGAGCGGCUGGACCUCUACGGCCGCCAACUGGACUACUUCCGUGGCUUGCUGGACGAGCACCGCGUGGCCUAUGCUGAGGAUGAAGAGAUCAUCAAGAGCGGGCGCUAUGUGGAGCUGGAGAGACGCUACGCUGAGCUGAACGAGAACGCACGGUUCGAGAGGGAGCAGCUGCUGGGCGUACAGCAGCAGCUGAGUGGUGCACUGAAAAUGGCAGAGCAGGAGAAUGCCGAGGCGCAGGGCCUGGCGGCUGCCCUGAAGGAGCGCGUGCGCAUGGCUGAGAGGAGCGCCGAAAUAGAGCGGCGAGAGCACGAUGCCACCGCUGCGCAGCUGCAGAGCCUCCGGCUGCGGGCUGAGGAGGAACAGACUGAGUUGGAGCGCUGCAGGAUGCAGCUGGAGCAGGAGAGGGAGAGGGUCGCCCAGCUCCUGUCCAUCCACAAUGCGGGCGACAAGACUGACAUACGUCACCUGCUGGACAGCGAAAGGUUGGACAAGGAGCGGGCCGAGGCGAGAGCAGCAGAGCUGCUGGAGGAGCUGGGGCAAACGCGCAAAGAGGCUGCCCAGCUGCAGGAUGCAAUUAGUAAGCUGGAGGUGAAUUUUCAGGAGUUCCGGGCUGAGGUGCAGAAACAGCUGGCGGAUCAGAAGCGAGCUCUGGCUCAGCAGUGCUCUGAACUGGAGGAGAAGGACACAGAGAUCGCAGACAUGAAGGAGACCAUCUUUGAGCUGGAGGACGAGGUGGAGCAACAUCGAGCCGUUAAACUCCACGACAACCUCAUCAUCUCUGACCUGGAGAAUUCUAUUAAAAAACUUCAUGAUCAGAAAUAUGACAUGGAAAAGGAGAUUAAGACUCUUCACCGCAAACUUCGGGAGGAAUCAGCGGAGUGGCGGCAGUUCCAGGCUGAUCUGCAGACGGCCGUGGUCAUCGCCAAUGACAUCAAGUCUGAGGCUCAGGAGGAGAUUGGGGACCUGCGGCGCCGCCUGCAGGAAGCUCAGGAGAAGAAUGAAAAAAUGAGCAAAGAGCUGGAUGAACUCAAGAGCAAAAAACAGGAUGAAGAGCGCGGUCGUGUGUAUAACUACAUGAAUGCUGUGGAACGGGAUCUGGCUGCUCUCAGACAGGGCAUGGGUUUGAGUCGGCGCUCGUCCACCUCCUCAGAGCCCUCCCCCACAGUCAAGACCCUCAUCAAGAGCUUCGACAGCGCUUCACAAGGUCCUAUUCCAGGUUCUCCAGCAGCUGCUGCAGUUCCAGCUGUAGUUGCUGCUGCCAUUCCCAGAACCCCCCUCAGCCCGAGCCCAAUGAAAACUCCACCAGCUGCUGCUGUGUCACCAAUGCAGAGGCACACAGUCACCACACCCAAACCCCUCUCCUCUCUGGUGGAUAAGAGACCCAGCUACUCUGAGCUCAGCAUGCCAGUUUCUCGCAGGAGCAGUGAGGAGCUGAAGAGGGAUCUAUCAGUUACAGAUUCUUCAGCAGCUGCAUCAUUACUGACUUUAGGCUCCUCCUCCCCUCAGCUCUCUCUGUCCUCAAACUCCUCCUCCCCCACAGCCUCAGUCACACCCACUACACGAGGACGUCUACGGGAGGAGAGGAAGGACCCACUUUCUGCUCUGGCCAGAGAAUAUGGAGGAUCCAAGAGGAACGCUCUGCUCAGAUGGUGCCAGAAGAAGACAGAAGGAUAUCAGAACAUUGAUAUCACCAAUUUCAGCAGCAGCUGGAACGACGGUUUGGCCUUUUGUGCAGUUCUCCACACCUACCUACCUGCUCAUAUCCCCUACCAAGAGCUGAACAGCCAGGACAAGAGGCGGAAUUUCACGCUGGCCUUCCAGGCGGCAGAGAGUGUGGGAAUUAAGUCUACACUGGACAUUGGUGAAAUGGUACACACAGAAAGACCAGACUGGCAGAGUGUGAUGACCUAUGUCACAUCCAUCUACAAGUACUUUGAGACUUGAGUCUUUAGGUUUUCCUAUUUUCUGGGCGAUGGACGUGUUUGUGCCUGCAGAGACACUCUACGGCUCGUCUCCAGCUCGAGAGACCCUGAGAUUAAGAUAUUUAACAUGCAGUUGGUUUGCAUUUUGUUCUCACUGCAUUUCACAGAUGCUUUAUCCAGUCAUCUGGCCUGGGGCCUAGAUGGGUGGGGUGUUUUCCCUAUGGCCCACCCUUCUUCCAGUGUUCCAGUGUUGUCCCAGUGAAAAGGACUGAAAACUUUUUUUUUAUUAAUACUCAUCACAUGCUCUGUGCUUACACAUUCAUCACAUGCUCACAUUUCCUUGCAGAAACAGCUGAGUGUCUUCUCUCUGUUGUUUCCCAUUCUCCCUCCCCUGCCUUUUCUGUAUAUGGGCCAAGGCUGCUAGGCAGGUACAGUUUGGUUAUUUUCCCUACAAGCUCUUCCUCCUCCUCUUUUGAACAGGCAGCUCUAUGUGAACCUCCAUCAUGUUUUUGAUGUACCAUGUGAAUCUUAAAAACACACUGUUUGCUAACAGUAGAAAAAUGACUGACCUCACCAUUAGCUUUGGCUGAAAUUGUGCCUUCCUUGUCCGUGACAUUGAUUUGUUGCUAGGCCUGUUUAUUACAGUGACAUUUCUUUAAAGCUUUUGUCACAUGUCUCAUUGGCUGCUUCUCCACUGCAGGGUGAUUGGAGGGGAACUGUUCAGGUGGCUUUUCCACUGCAGGGGGACCAUAGUGUUGUUCAGUGGCAGGGCCACUGAACCACUGAUUGGGGAUCCACUGAUUGGGGAUCCACUGAUUGGCUAGCCGGCCCUUGACAUUGCCAAAUCCGUUUUAGCGAUGUGGGAUGAAUCCUGUGCCAGCGUGCUAACUCUGCGGUAGCAAUGUGAGAUGCGGCUAAUAGGAUGACAACUGUAAUCAGCAUGCAUAAGCAGGCUGCGGUAGUCAGUAGCGAUGUUGGAUGAUGCCUGUAGUUGUAGUCCAAGCUUACAGUUCACUUUCACAUUUAGGUAGUAUGCUCACUUUCUCUAGUUAGCAUGCUAAGUAUGUGAAAUCAAGCCAUAAAUUAUGAUUACAAGAUUCAUUGAAACUUCAUAGUCCUGAUUUAGCAACACAGCAAAUGGAAAAAGAAUUGGUCAUAACUGGUCAAAUUGAUAUGGUGCAGCCUAAGUAUCUGCAGUGGAUAAAAGGCCAAUGUUUUGUUUUGUGUUCAGUGUAAUUGCAUUCAUCUUUAAUGGGAUUCAAAAGUCAAAUGCCUUUUUUUCUUAUUAUUUUACAUAUCAGACCUGAUUGGGCUAUCUAAGCCUGAAAUGGACUGGUAAUGGCAUUAUUAAUAUUGUUAUUACUAUUAUUGUUGUUUCUAUUUUAAUGUUCCACUGUUGAGCACAGACAGUCAGUAGUAAUCCUCAGAACAGACACUUCUACAGCUCAAGCAGCAUUGCCUCUAAAUGUUUACCUGAACAAGAUUCUUUCCUUUAGAUUCUCGACAUUUCCUCAUUCGUCUUUUAACAUUCCAUUAGCAGCGGACAUUUGUAUGUAAUUCUGAAAGAGUUUCUGUAUCAAUGGGAGAUGAAACUUUCUCUGAGUUUUAAUUUUGUAUGCUUACUUAGUAUAUCACUGCUUCUAAAAAUGAUAUCUGCCCCCACUCCCACUGCCACACUUACCCCAACCCCCCCUCUGGGCUUCUGAAGAGCAGAAAUACUGAAUGCAGUUUCUGAUUGUAAUCAGCAUCAUGCUGGGAUGAACUGGCCUAGUGUUCCACAUAUCCUGUAACCCACUCCUCCUCCUUCUACAGUGGACUUUUCUUAUUGGUAUUAAAGCACAAAGCGUGAGGACUGAAUGUUUGUUUGCUAAAUUAUAAUGUGAAACCUCAUCCAAACCAUUGGAUAUUUCUGAAUGCAUUGUUUGUCUCCCUUGUUUGUCUCAGAUGUAAGUAAGCUUCUAAACUAACAUAUAAAGCCCAGGACACCAUAAACACCAUGACAGGAAGAAUAGGCUUCUAGAGCACAAAGGGUAUCUAUCCUACACACUAAUGCCUUGCUGCACUUCCUCAAUUAUUGUAUUAGAUGUACUGUGUUCUUUUCCAAGCUAUUUCAAACUCCCUUCUGUCAGAUACAUUUCAUUGUUUCUCAAUUAAGAAAUUUAUAAUAAUUAUUUUACUAUAAGACCUAUAGCAAGGGAUGAUGUUGAAAUCGUAUAAUACAGUAUUUGAAGUGCAAAUAUUUUUGAGUCUUUUUUCAUUUAUUUUUAAAAAAGGCACAACCUGUUAUUUAUUCUAUAAGUGCUUUUCCUGCAUUUGGAGAAUAAAGUGAUAUUUUAUUUUAAAUAUAUUGAUAGAAUUGUAUCAUAAAGCUGCUGGUAGUGACUUGCUGUUAAUAGGCCAGUAUUAUGGCUGAAACUGGAUCUUUAAUCUGUUUAAAUUGUCAAUUUGACCAGAUGAACAGGCCGAUUGUAUGUUUUCUAAUGGCCAAUUAUUUUUCAUUAAUGUUUAUUCCUAAAGCCUCUCAUUGUAUUUUGUUUUGCCGUUCAAGAUUCACCCAGUGGAAUACAUUUUAUUCGCAUCAUAAUUCAGAGAACUGGUUUUGUCACAGUCAUAUUUGAAUUGCUCUAGAAGUGAUAGAUCAAACCUUGUAUGACAUUUUUACACCCUUUAGGACCUUUCUCUUUUGUGUAAAGAUCUAUUUGUCAAGGAAAGAAGUCCAGAUAUGAAUUCUUUAAUUAACACCCUUCUUAGACGUGUAAGUCUUAACACCAAAUAAAUUAUUACUCUAA